CAAGCUCACUGCCUUCCUUUCCUCCAGAGCUCUCUCCCUUCUUUCUCCUCGUGACUCCAGGCUGAGAUCAGGAUGCUGUGCCUCAGCUCACUGUCCACACUCCUCCUCCUGCUCCUGCUCUACCCCCCUGCGCUGUCUGGCCAGGAGAUGCUUGUACGUCUGGCAGGCGUAGGUCGGCGCAAUACAAACGAGGGGCGAGUGGAGGUGUUCUACAAUGGCGCAUGGGGCACAGUGUGUGAUGACGAGGUGGACCUUAACCUGGCCAAUGUGGUGUGCCAACAGCUGGGCUACCAACGCGGCCUGACCUGGGCGCACAGUGCCAAGUUUGGCGAGGGACAAGGUCUGAUCUGGUUGGACAAUGUGCGUUGCACGGGCACAGAGCUCUCCAUUGCAGACUGUCCCUCCAAUGGUUGGGGCAUCAACGACUGCAGCCACGCUGAGGACCUGGGGGUCAUUUGCAGCCCAGACAGGAGACCUGGCUCCCCCGCCGUCACAGUAGAGGAGGCUCCUUCAUCCCCUAGGCAGCAGCCAAACCAGCCAAGACAGAGAAACCCACCACCGCAACCACAACAGUCAAAUCCUCCCCCAGCCCUCAUCUCCUCGUCCCCUGGAAGGGGUCAUGAGAUCGCCCUUCAUCGUAACCCUACUUCUUCUCGUCGAAGCAACCUCACACCACAGGAAAAUGGCCAUGAGAUCCAGAUCCUGAGAAGGAAUCGAGGCGGUUCCAGAGCAAACCAACAAGCCAUGCCACAAGGGCACGAGCUGCCUUCGCGUCUGAUAAACGGCCAAUCCUACAGGCAGAGACAGGAGACAGAGAGGAACAGUCCCGCAGCCGUGAGACGAGGAGCAGAGAUCCAGCCCCAGCCCCAGCCGAGGAAUGUCAGACAGCAGCAGCUCAGUGGGAACCAUGUCGAACCAGAGCCUGUUUAUCCUGACGUUGGACUGGAGACUGAUGUGCACUACACACAGGGAUCUGACAGGGUUCACUUAGAGGAGGCCCGUCUUCGGCCUGUGCUGGCCAAAAACCAUGGUGAUCUGGUGACGGAAGGAGUGUUGGAAGUGAAGCAUGCUGGGAGGUGGCGUCAUGUGUGUAACCAGGGCUGGGACCUCAGCAGCAGCCGUGUCGUCUGUGGCAUGUUAGGAUUCCCUGCGGCAGAAGCGUUUGACCAGAACGCCUACAGGAAAAUCUGGGACUCCAAGAUAGCUGAUCCAUCCUCCAGGCUGAGAACACUGAUCGGUAAGAAGGCCUACUGGGUGGAGAAGGUGCAGUGUCAGGGUGUGGAGGUCUCUCUGUCUCAGUGUAAGGCCCAGCUGUCCCUCCCCAGGAAUAAUGUCCCAUGCAACAAUGGCAUCCACGCUGUAGUCCGCUGUGUCCCAGGAACCCAGUUCACCCGCUAUGGCAGAGCGCCUGCACCACCCGCCGUGCCGCCCAUGGUGCGUCUGAAGGCGGGGCCCCGUAUUGGGGAAGGCCGUGUUGAGGUGCUCAAGGAGGGCAAGUGGGGCACGGUGUGUGACCACCUGUGGGACAUCGCUGCAGCCAGCGUGGUCUGCAGAGAGCUGGGCUUCGGGACGGCCAAAGAGGCGCUCAACAGCGCGCAGCUUGGACAGGGUACCGGACCCAUCCACAUGAACAGUGUGCAGUGUACAGGCCGGGAGAAGUCCAUUACUGAGUGUACCUACAGAGAGGUGCCUCUCUACACCUGCAAACACACUCAGGAUGUAGCGGUGCGCUGCAACGUGCCGAACACUGGCAUGCAAGCCUCGGUGCGUCUGGCAGGAGGCAGAGAGCCAUCUGAGGGCCGUGUGGAGGUGCUGAUGGAGGUCGGAGGGGUGAAGCGCUGGGGCUCCAUCUGCAGUGAGAACUGGGGCAUCAACGAGGCCAUGAUGGUCUGUCGACAGCUCGGCCUGGGCUUCGCUGCCACUGCUCUUCAGGAGACCUGGUACUGGCCUGGCUCUGCAGAUGCCGGCGAGGUGAUUCUGAGUGGAAGUCACUGCAUCGGCAAUGAGAUGUCCAUCCAGCAUUGUCGCAGGAACACAAAUGUCUACUGUCCCAGAGGAGGAGACGGCAGGGCCGCAGGAGUCACAUGUGUAGAAACUGCUCCCGACCUGGUCCUGGAUGCUCAGCUGGUCCAGGAGACGGCCUACCUGGAGGACCGCCCCAUCCACCUGCUGACCUGCGCCAAUGAGGAGAACUGCCUGUCGUCCUCUGCCGCCAGAAUGACCUGGCCCUACGGACACCGCCGCCUGCUGCGCUUCUCCUCCCGCAUCAUGAACAUGGGCCGCGCCGACUUCAGGCCCAAGGCCACCAGAGAGAGCUGGACAUGGCACCAGUGUCACAGGCAUUACCACAGCAUUGAGGUGUUCACCCACUAUGACCUGCUGACGCUCAACGGGACCAAGGUCGCCGAAGGUCACAAGGCCAGCUUCUGUCUGGAGGACACAUACUGCCCUGAAGGAACACACAAGCGGUACUCCUGCUAUAACAUGGGACAGCAGGGUAUCUCAGUUGGCUGCUGGGACACAUACCGCCACGAUAUCGACUGCCAGUGGAUCGAUGUCACAGACAUACGACCUGGUGAAUACAUCUUCCAGGUGGAGGUUAACCCUUCCUUAGACAUGGCUGAGUCUGAUUUCCAGAACAACGUGAUGCGCUGUCGGUGCAAGUACGAUGGAGCUCGAGUUUACAUGUUUGGAUGCCAUGCAGGCGAUGCUUACAGCCCCGAGGUGGAGGACUUGUUUGACCAUCAACGUCAGAUCUCCAACAACUUCCUGUGAAUAAGGAACAAGCAUAUUUAAGUACAUAAUAACAGUGCUCACCACACUUCAACAUGUCAGUGGAAGUAGGUGAAAUGACAAUGACAUGCCAGUUAAUAAGUGGAUGGUGGGAAACUGGGAUAUUAUGGGAGAGACUACAUGAAAAAAUGGCCAAUAAGGAUCCUGUUACUGAUCUGUUCCUGUUUGAAGGUCAAUGAAAUUAAAGGAGACAUAUAGAAAGAGGAAAAGUAGAUAAAGACCAAAGAAGGCACAAGAACCAUCUCACCAUGACAAACAUAGACUAGUUUACAAUUUGAUUUGACUUUGUUUUGAAUUUUGUAACAAGUUUAAUACCUUGAUCAAAACAUAACCACAGUUUAGAAAGGUAUGCCAUCAAGCCAUAUGAGAACAACACGUCCUUAACUUUUACAGUAAACCGCCAGGCUGUCCUUUAUAUAAUAUCAAACCAGGUAACGACAAAACUCUGUACAUGCUUCCUGUGCUUUCACUGUUCACAUUACUAAUGCAGUAUUUACUGUCACAACUGUAUGGUUUUUGUUUUUUUUAAUCAUUUUUUUGUUUCAUGGUGCUAUUUCGCCUUAUUUGAAUAAAUAUUGUAAUGUAUUGCAAAUGUAUUGUCAUGUACAGUUUUAUAUUACUUCUUUGGAAUAUUGUUCUUUAGGUCUCUAAUUUAUGUAGAAUUGUAAUGUACUUGAGCUGAAACUUGUCCCUGUGUGGCUGUGUUUUGUAAAUGUCAUUUUACCAGGACAAAUAUGUUCAAUUGUUUGUUUUUUACCUGUUUAACAUCGGUAACAUCAGAUGGGAUGUUCCACAGUAUUGCGCCUUUAACCGUACAGUACUUGAUAAUGGUAGUGAAAGAAUAAACGUCAAAUUGACAAACU